CUGGUGUUACCCAUGGCACUCUCAUACAGAUCUGAAAGGGGUUGCAGGCUGCCCUUACUUUGCUAAAACAAGACUCUAACGGGGAAAUGGAACGGAAGAAGAAAUGGAAGCAUGGCAGAAGAUUUCUGAGCCUGGUUUGAAAAGAAAGAUCAUGAGGCCACUUCACUUCAGUGAGCCACAAGAAAGAGCAGGGAAGCAUUCUGCGCGAAAUGGCUUCCUGUCUCUGUGGUACAGCACCAUGCCUCCUCUGUGGCUGUUGCCCUUCAACAAAAAACUCCACUAUCACCCGACUGACCUUCUCAUUUUUUCUACUGCUUGGAACUCUUGUGGCUUGCAUCAUGAUCAUACCGGGAGUGGAAAAUGGGCUUAAAAAGAUUCCGUUAUUGUGUUCCUCUUCUACAACCUUUUCUGGCUCUUUAAAUUGUGAUGUCAUGGUGGGACACCAGGCUGUGUACCGAAUGUGCUUUGCUCUGGCUGCCUUUUUCUUUCUUUUUGUCAUUUUAAUGAUCUGUGUGAGGAGCAGUCGGGAUCCAAGAGCAAUAGUGCAGAAUGGGUUUUGGUUUUUUAAAUUCUUGAUAUUAGUUGGAAUAACAGUUGGAGCAUUCUAUAUUCCUAGUGGAACAUUCACAAUCGUGUGGUAUUACUUUGGCAUGGUAGGUGGUUUCCUAUUCAUUCUGAUCCAGCUUAUCCUCAUCGUUGACCUUGCACAUGGAUGGAGUCAGUCUUGGUUGCAGCAUGCGGAGAAUGGAAACAGCAAGUGCUGGUAUGCAGCACUUAUUAUUUGCACGUUCCUGCUCUAUGCUGCUUCUAUCACCGCCAUUGUGUUUCUGUAUAUCUAUUACACCAACUCAAGUGAAUGUGUCCUCAACAAACUCUUCAUCAGUCUCAAUCUAAUUUUUUGCGUAAUCAUUUCUAUCAUUUCCAUUCUGCCAAAGGUCCAGGAUGCUCAACCCCAUUCUGGAUUGCUGCAAGCAUCAGUUAUUACACUGUAUACAAUCUUUGUCACCUGGUCUGCCAUGGCCAAUGUUCCAGACAAGAUUUGCAACCCAACAUUACUUGCUAUUGCUACAAACACCACCACUGCUUCCACCUCCACUACUCCGGCCCAGUGGUGGGAUGCUCCUAGCAUUGUGGGUUUAGCCAUCUACAUCAUCUGUACAUUGUUCAUAAGCCUUCGCUCCUCCAGUAAUCGUCAGGUGAACAAGCUGAUGUUGACUGAGGACAGCUCUGGAGAUACAGGUGGACCCAUUGUGGAAAGUGGUGGAGAAAACAGAGCAUAUGAUAAUGAGGAAGAUUCUGUGUCCUACAGUUACAGUUUCUUCCAUUUUUGUCUUGUACUUGCUUCUCUCUACAUCAUGAUGACAUUAACCAACUGGUAUUUGCCUGGAUAUGAUGGAAGUUAUUUAACCAGCCCUUGGUCAGCUGUUUGGGUGAAGAUCUCUGCUAGCUGGGCUGGACUCCUUCUCUAUGUUUGGACAUUGGUUGCUCCUCUUAUCCUCCGCGACCGGGAUUUCAGCUAAAUUGGAUGCCUUGUAUUUGUUAUUUUCUCAAGACCCCCAAACUUUUUAACCAGUGCACUGUUUACCAUAAAACAAAGAAUUAUGAAAUACCACUGAUACGUGGUGAAGAUCCCUGAAAGACUGCUAUGAAAACCCUUAUUCAGUUAAGGCCUGCUUUCAAGGGAUUUAGUGCAGGGUAAAUAAAUAGGGCCUAGUUAAAUUUGCUUUGAUGUAAGUAAAUCUAGUGCUUGGCACAAGCUGAACAAAUCAUCUAUGCUAGCCCCAUUUAAUGUAGUUGGUUAAGGAAACUUUUUUUUUUUAAUUCCUUAAUAACUGCAGAAAUAAAAUUAACUUUUUUUUACCAAUAGUGGAUGACUAUCCCACAAUAAUUUCUACAUAGCGUUAUGCAGUAUUAUGCACCAAAUUGAUUCCAGUUCAACAACCAGUGCCUGUUUGUCAAGUACAGGUCAUUUGCUACAGGGAUUUAACAGCCUGUGUGACAUUUCCUAAAUUCUUAGUUAGAAUGUAGUGAUAUGCAAACUGUCUACACUUUCUGAUUGGGCUUGGCUUUACUAAUAGAUGAACAUGGCAGAUGGUAGGUACUAGUCCCCCAGAGCUCAUUCAAACAUGCAAGCGAGGGAACUUUCUGGGAGAAGCCCAAGUGCAGACUAUCUGAUGCCCGCUCUGUAUGAAGUGGCACCAAAUGCAGGCAGAGCUACCCUAUGAAACCCUAUGUGCUGCAUUGUAGUACUGCAGAAAGUGACUCAGGGCACAACACCUGGGGCACUGUGCAAAGUGCAAUAAACAGCGUGCUUUACUUCCCAUAGUUUAUAAAUUAGGCUGCAAGUAUGUCUCAGAUUUGUGAAAACAUCUAAAAAGUCUCAUGUUAUGAGAUUAUGUGCAUUCUAAGUACAUUUAUUUUUCCCAAAUUCUCUUUUCUUUAAUCAUUUCCCUGCCCAAACUCUCUCUUAAACUAUUAUAUGAGUAUUUUUUGUUCUCACUUUGUCUAACCUACAGCAGACUGAAACACUCUACUUUUAUAGAAUAUUUUUAUACUAUUUUAUUGAUUGUUACAUUAUGAAUAAACCGAUUUACAAAUAGCA